AUGGCUCGUACAAAGCAAACAGCAAAGCCCUAUCAAAAAAGACUAACAACAUGGACACGAUUUUAUCUAUCGCCAGAACAGAAGUGGCCGACGUGGCCUGCUGACUAUGAUGAUGUCCACGUUGGUCCGCUUACGAACGUAGCAGGUUGUCGAAAUCCAUCACUGGGAAGAAUGGUCGACAACCCAGAGCAGGCUGCCUACAUCAUUGAAUGGGUCACGUUGGAUGACUUGAAGAACUUCCAAUCCUCCCCCGCGUGCGCAGAGUUUUUGCGAAACCUUCCCGAACGCAAGGAUCCACUAGUCUCUGUUGAGUCUGGUCAUGCUCUAGGGCAUCUGAGCUUGAGGGAUGCGUUCGCUUCGCCGUCGUCUGCUUCGUCGCGCUUCCUAACUCUAAAACACAUUAUACAAGGCGUAACAUCAAAUGUCGAUGGUCGGGUGACAUUUACUGCAUUCUUGAUACCGCAAAAGGUUGAUGACGUCUGGGGGAUGUGGAAAGAAAAAUUCAACAGUGUGUUUGGCACCUUCAUCCCACGCGGAUUAGAGUCCGUGAAAAGAAAUCACUAUUUCCGAUUUCAUCUCACAGCGGCGUGGUUUUGGGUGCUUGAGGAAGACGACUGGGUGGAAAGCAAGUUUGGACAAUUGGACCAGACAAAUGAAAACAGCCAAAGCCGAACAAUCUUCUGCCAGUUUUAUAUCUGGCCUCGAAGACUUGGUGUCACUCCAGAGCACGAGGAAGCCUCGGCAGCAGAUCCACAGGCGAGAGAGUCUUGGGAUCAAGCGAUAGCACAAAUCAUGCCUCCGGCUACAGCCUGGGAACAGGAGCGUUGGGACAUCAACAAUGUGCCUCGGUUUUUCCCCCCGGAGCCAGAUUUGGAUUCGGAGUACCCUACGUAUGAACUAGAGCAACAAAGAGGCUUAGAGGAGUAUCUCCAACUGCAUGGCUUCAAAGUCGGUGAAGCUUCACAGACUGGAUAG